CAGGAAAUCAUUCUGGUUUCUAUUUUCGCUGAAACAUCAACAGUAUCCAACAUGUCUGCUAAAGCCGUACUUGCCUUUUGCGCUUCGGCGUUGAUGGUUCAGAGCGCUGUAAGCAGUUGUCUUGGACGCCUCGGAACUGGCUGGGGCUAUGGCGGUCUCGGCUACGGAGGUCUCGGCUGCGGAGGGUGGGGCUACGACGGAUUUGGUUAUGGUGGUCUCGGCUACGCUGGAUUAGGUUACGGCGGUCUUGGCUACGCUGGAUUAGGUUACGGCGGUCUUGGCUACGAUGGAUUCGGAUGUGGCGGACUCGACGCUGCCUACGGUGGUGGUCUUGGCGUCUCCAGCGCUUCCCCCAUGGCCCCUACUGGUCUUGCUGUGGCUUCUGAAAAUGUAUACGAGGGUCCCGUUGCUGUCGCCGGUAACCUGCCUUUCCUGGGUACCGUGGAAGUUGCUGGAGAGUUCCCCACCGCUGGUGCUGGUGCUGUCUCGUACGGUUGUGGUGAUGGUGCUGUCGGCAUCGCCGCUGAGGGUCCCAUUGGUGCUGCUGUCGGUCCCGCCUACGGAUACGGAGGUCUGGGUGGAUUCGGUGUCGGACUCGGCUACGGAGGCUACGGACUCGGUUACGCCGGUAUCGGUGCUCGCGGCUGCGGUUGCGGCUGCGGUGCUUGGUACUAAACUAAUAAUGAUGCGAUCCCAACAUGACGACAUGAAAAUACAUAAUAUACAUUGUGCAACAAUAUAA